AUGGCGCCCAACAAGCUCGGCCGCGUCGUAGCGAAGGGACUCCAUAUCGACCUCGACUAUCGUCAGCGUCACGAACCUAAGGACGCACUCCGCUCGGCCGCCGACUCCUUCCAAUCCAUCGAGCUCUACGAGGAGCGGGAACCCACCGUCAAGGAGUUUCUGCUUUACCAUCGGCCCACUCUCCGGGGUACCCAGGAAUAUGCCCGAAGCCUUUUCCCCUUCCUAUCGUGGAUUUUCCACUACAACUGGCAAUGGUUGCUAGGCGAUGUUAUUGCAGGUGUGACUGUGGGGUUCGUCGUCAUCCCCCAGGGCAUGGCCUACGCCUUGCUCGCCCAGUUGAGCCCCGAAUAUGGCCUCUACACCUCCUUCGUCGGUUUCCUGCUGUACUGGGCCUUCGCCACCUCCAAGGACAUCACCAUCGGCACCGUGGCCGUCAUGUCCCAGCUGGUCGGUAACGUCGUCCUGCGGGUCCGCGACAACCACCCUGAAUUCGCCCCCGAGGACAUCGCCCGUGCGUUGGCCCUGAUCGCAGGCGCCGUCCUCCUCUUCAUCGGUCUGGUCCGUCUGGGAUGGGUCGUGGAAUUCAUCCCAUUGGUCGCCAUCACCUCGUUCAUGACCGGCGCCGCCUUCAGCAUCGCAUGCGGCCAAGUCCCCGCCCUCCUUGGCAUUGAGGGCGUCAACACCCGCCAGGCCACCUACAAGGUCAUCAUAGACACCCUCAAGGCCCUGCCGACGGCCAACCUCAACGCCGCCAUGGGCAUGUCCGCCCUCUUCCUCCUCUACCUUCUGCGCUGGUUCUGCAACUUCAUGUCGCGCAGGCAGCCCAAAUGGAAGAAGUUUUGGUUCUUCAUGUCCACCCUGCGCAUGGCUUUCGUCAUCCUCCUCUACGUUCUCAUCAGUUAUCUUGCCAAUCGACACAUCUCGGACCCCGACCUCGCCAGGUUCCGCAUCCUGGGAGAUGUACCUAGUGGGUUCCGACAUGCUGGCGUUCCCAUAAUCAACCCCACGCUUCUUGGCGCCUUGGCGCCAGAUCUGCCCGCCACGAUUAUCGUCCUCAUUAUCGAGCAUAUCGCCAUUUCCAAGUCUUUCGGCAGAAUCAAUAACUAUGUAAUCGACCCUUCCCAGGAGCUGGUAGCCGUCGGCUUCACCAACGUUUUCGGGCCCUUUUUGGGCGGUUAUCCCGCCACCGGCUCCUUUUCCCGAACCGCCAUCAAGUCCAAGGCCGGCGUCCGCACCCCGCUGGCCGGUAUCUUUACCGCCGUCAUCGUGCUGCUGGCCAUCUACGUCCUUACUGUCGUCUUCUUCUACAUCCCGAUGGCCAGCUUGGCAGGUCUGAUUAUCCACGCUGUCGGCGACCUCAUCACCCCGCCCAAUGUCGUCUAUCAGUUCUGGGAGGUGUCGCCUCUCGAGGUUUUCAUCUUCUUCGGCGGUGUCCUUCUCACCGUCUUCACCAACAUCGAAAACGGCAUUUAUCUGACAAUAAUCGCAUCUUUCGCCUUGCUUCUGAUUCGGUUGGCCAAGGCCAAGGGCCACUUCAUGGGUCGCGUCCGGAUCUACCGCGUCACCAGGGAGACCGCAGGCAAGGGCGUCCCCUUUGAUGAGAAGGGCGAGCCUGUCCAGGUUGAAACCCGUGAGGCCUUCAUCCCCGUUGACAAGGACGACGGCUCGAACCCCCACAUCGAUAUCCAGUCCCCGCACCCCGGGGUUUUCAUCUUCCGGUUUGGCGAAGGCUUCAACUACACCAACCAGGCUCACUAUAUGGACGCCCUGGUGGCCCAUGUUUUCAAGCACACGCGACGCACCGUCUUGGAUCGCUUCGACAAGAUUGGGGACCGGCCAUGGAACGACCCGGGUCCCCGUCGCGGGCAAAAAGUCGACAUGAAUGACACUCGACCCAUCCUCCGCGCCGUCGUGCUCGAUUGCGCCUCCGUCAACAACGUAGACGUGACUUCCAUCCAGGGCCUCAUCGACGUCCGCAACCAACUAGACCGCUACGCCGACCCGGAGAUCGUCGAAUGGCACUUCGCCAACGUCAACAACCGCUGGACGCGGCGCGCCCUCGCGGCCGCCGGCUUCGGAUACCCGUCCAUCAAGGACGCCGACAACCUCGGCCGCUGGCGCCCCAUUUUCAGUGUUGCGGCCGUGGACCACUCCUCCGAAGUCGACAACAGGCCGGAUGUGGUAGCGUCCCAGAAAGUGCUGGGCAAGGACGAAGAGGACGGCAUCGCUGCAGCGCCGCCGCCGCCGCCGCCUGCCUCGGAUGGGGUGGCGCAGGUUGCGGGGCAUGCGGACGGGAAACUGGCGGCCGUGCAGGGGACGAAUCGGCCUUUCUUCCACAUUGACGUUGCUGCGGCGGUGGAGAGCGCGGUGUUGAAUGCGCAAAGUAAGGAGGCGGUAUCAUCGAGGUCUUCAUCUGAAUGA